CUUUUUUGUUGUGCUUUUUCGAACACUGCGUUCCACAGUGUCGCUUUUUGGUAUAAUUGGAAAGCGCGCCAUCUAUCAAAGAUACGAAUAUAGCCUCCACACUGACCUUAUUGAAAUCGAGGAUAAAAUGUGAAAGUUAAAUCACGUCAAGCAUGUUUUUACGUAGAAUACUUGUUGCAUAUGUGAUAAGCGUGAAAUAGAGAAGAAAGUUUAUCUUUAAUUAUUGAAAAUAAGCGAAGCUCGAAGAUGUCGAAGAAUAAGUUUGCUUUAACUUUGCUCAAAAACGAUUAUAUUAUGAAAAGUUUAUGUCGCAAUAAGUAUAAUGUUGUGUUAACUAUCAAGAAGAAUAUCCAUUCUUCUAGAGAAAAAUAUAUUCGUUUAGAUGAACGUUGUAUGUUAGCUGCCAAACCAAUAGUAAGUCAAAAACCAGAUUGGAAUAAAGCCGUUUCUGAAGCUGAGAAAAUAGUGGGCUAUCCAACAUCUUUUUUAAGUUUACGAUGGUUACUUAGCGAUGAAAUUGCCAAUGUGGCUUUACACUUGAGAAAAUUAGUUGGAUCUAAUCAUCCUUUGUUAUCCAUAGCCAAAGAUUUGAUAUACAAUGGUCGUCAUAAUAUGCAAGCUUGGGGUUUAAUUGUAUUAUUAAUAUCUAAAGCUGCUGGUCAUUUAAAUGUAAAUGACAUGGAAGAAGAUAAAGCUGCUGGCGUUUUACAUAGUCAACGAGCAUUAGCAGAAAUUACUGAAAUGAUACGUACAAGUCACCUUAUGCAUAAAAGUAUUGUACAUAUCAGUCCUGAUAUGUAUCCAGAAAUAUGCCAGUCUCAUGAUAUAUCAUUUGGUAAUAAAAUAGCUCUAUUAAGCGGUGAUUACUUGCUCUGUAAUAGUUGCGUUGAAUUGGCAAGUCUCAGGAAUCAAGAUAUAGUUGAAUUGAUGUCUAUUGCUAUAAAAGAUGUGGUUGAAUCAGAAUUCCUUGGACGUCGAGAUAAGCAAAAUAAUCCAUUACCACGUAUACCCCCAUCUAAUCGUAAAGGCUAUGCCGUCAAAGAAUGGACAUUGAAAAAUGUAUUAAGCGCUGGUAGUUUACUUGGAAAAUCUUGUCAAGGUACAUUAAAACUAGCUGGUCAUAACGCUGACAUUCAAAACCAUGGCCACGAAUUUGGAAAACAUUUGGCAUUAGCUUGGCAAGCAUGUUUGGAUGUAGGAAUUUUUACCGCUAAAGAAUCAGCUGCAUCCUUUAAUUUAUGUUCCGCCCCUGUUAUGUUUCACAUAGAACAUGAUCCAUCUAUUUUAACAGAAAUAGAUAAAGGUUUGGAAUCGGUAGAUAAUGUAGAUUAUGCAAAGGUACGCAGCAUUGUAAGUCAAGGUCCUGGCAUUGAACUUACGAAACAAUUACAGAAGAAACAUUCUCAAAAAGCGACCGAAGUUCUUGACGUAUUUCAAGAAAGCGAUGCUAGGAAAGCAUUGUGCAAUAUCGUAGCAGCGAUAGGAGAUUUUUAACUCUAAAUUCAAUGUUAAUGAACUGAUACGUGUGUAACUUUGAUAAGAUUGCCCAAAAUCAGUUCACAAACUCCGUCCAAUUUUUUAAUAUGUUAAACUAAAUAAUACAUACUUACAUGGGGCUAGAAAUGAAUUAUUUAUAUACAUAA